UUUUCGAAGUUAGAAAAGCAAUUUUCAUUCGAAAAAUCAGCGGCCCCAGCGCAGUCCUAACAUCAACACUGUUCUGGUCACACACCAUCUAGCGGGGUUGAAUCGUCUUCUUCAACAAAACCCAUUCCAAUGUUCAAGCCGUUUCUCUUCCGCAAUGCUUUUGGCCUAUCAACAACACCACUCUACCAAAUUUCUAUCAGAUUCUUCAACACUGCCCCUUCACAAUCAUUCACUGUUUCCUACCUCAUCCACAAGUUUGGGUUCUCACAUGAAUUUGCACUCAAAGCUUCCAAACCGCUUUAUUUCAAAACCUCACUAAAACCUGAUUCAGUUCUUAACUUCUUCAAAAAUUAUGGUUUCAAUGACUCAGACAUACACAACAUCAUCAAAAGAGAACCAUGGCUUCUUUCCUGCGAUACCCACAAAACGAUUCUACCAAAGUUUCAAUUUUUACUCGCCAAAGGUGCUUCUCAAUCUGACAUUGUUCGUAUGGUUGUAGUUAACCCUAAAUUCGUGAAAUCAAGCUUGAAGAAUCAUGAAAUUAUGUUUCACUUUUUUCUAUCCAAAGGUGCUUCUUCCUCUGAGAUUGUUUCAUUGUUAACUUCAAACCCUAUAAUUUUGCAUAUUAGUUUGGAGAAACGAAUAAUCCCUCUUUUUGAAUUGUUAAGUAAGUUCUUGAAAACCAACAAAGAUAUCAUUAUUUGCUUAAUUCGGCAUUCAACUGCAUUUUCUAUGAAUUCCUAUCACCUUAUUAUGGAUAAUGUCAAUUUGAUGUCUGAUUUUGGAGUUUCUGAUAAUGUCAUUGCUAGUUUGCUUCAGUCAAGGCCAUCUAUAGUUGGUUCAAAGGAAUUGAUUAAGUCAUUGGAGGAAGUUAAGAGUUUAGGGUUUGAUCCUUCAACAGCUUCUUUUGGGGUUGCUUUGGCAGCCAAGAAAUGUAUGAGAAAAAAACGUUGGGAUGAGAAAGUUGAUGCCUUUAAGAAAUGGGGUUGGUCUGAUGAAGCUGUUAUUCAAGCAUUUCGGUUGCAGCCUAAUUUAAUGUUGGUUUCAAUUCAUAAGAUUGAUUCGUUAAUGAGUUUUUGGGUCAAUCAAUUGGGUUGGAAUUCAUUGGCACUUACCAAACUACCAAAUGUGUUUUGUUUAAGUUUGGAGAAAAGGAUUAUUCCAAGGGCAUUGGUUGUGCAAUUUCUUUUGAUGAAAGGUUUGCGAAAAAAGAAUGCAAGCUUAGGUACACCAUUUGCUUAUUCUGAGAAAAUGUUCUUGAGCAAGUUUGUUUUCAGCUUUAAGGAAGAGUCUGAUUAUCUAUUAAAGCUAUAUGAGGAAAAAGGCAAACUUGCAAACACAAAGGAGAACAAUGGCAUGCUGUCCACCAAAUGUGUAAUUUAGUAAUCUUCUUCUUUUGUGAUUUAACCUUAACUUGUUCCUUCUUUGAUUUUUAGUUGCUUAUUAUGUUUAGGACAAAAUAGGGGUUAGUAUUGUGACAGUAUCUUGGAGGCCAAAAGAAUAAUGACUCCUCUAGUUUAUUCUAGAAAGGGAUAUGUUAGACAUAUUCUACUUGUUAGUAUUGAGCAGUGUUAUUGCGUAGUUGUUGUAGUUAUCUUAUUGAGUAUGCACCAACUUAUAUUCUGCAGGUUGAACAUCUUAGGUUGUGAAACAAUGUUUUUUUAUUCAAGUAAUGAUUUUUGAGUUGUUUACUUCUCA